GGUUUCUGGUUUGCACUUAAAGCCAUAUCUCAAGUUCCAGAAGAAAGAGCGAUCUCCAGAAAUAAGCCAGGAUUCACUGAGAGGUUCCCCUACGAGCCAUCAGAGAGCAGCACAAGAAGAGAAACACGCCAACAACCGCACCAAACGGAGCGUUUUCCCAAAACCCUCCCCCGCGACUCCGUCUCGAAAACUUGUGGGGAUUAUUUAUCCAGAUACUAUGUGCAAUAUGAACGGGAAAGGUCCAGCGGAUGGUCCAAGUGCAAGGGAAAAGAAGAACGCCCUGUCUGCAACGAUUCACCAGGGAGAAGAAGGGGAAGGGCCUCUGGAUGUCUGGGCUGUCGUGAAACCUGGCAAUACAAAGGAGAAGAUCGCGUUCUUUGCAGCUCAGCAGGGCGGCAGCAACAGCCGGCUAGGCUCCAUGAAAAUCAAAAGCACGUGGGAUAUCGACGGAAGAACAGCUAAACGCAGGAAAAAAUCGGUGGAUCUUAAAAAAGCCAAAAUUCAACUGGAAAGAAUGAGGGAGGCGAACGCCAGGUGCUCCCAGCCGGAGCCUUUUGCCUGCGGCAUCGAGCACUGUUCGGUGCAUUACGUGAACGACAACGGAGAGGGCGCGUUCCCAGGCCGAUCCCUCUCGGUGAUAGAGAUGGUGGCCUUCCUGGAGCAACGAGCAAGCGCUUUGCUGGUAGACUGUGCGAAAGCCUGCACGCCCGCUCCUAGCACGAGGCUGAGCGCGCAGCCUAAGGGUCCGCUUCCCAGCUCGGACCCUUUCUCCUCCGGCGGGACGU